AUAUAGAUGUCAUAGUGACAAUUGACAGAAUCCCGUUGUUGAGUGACGUCACUUACAGGCCAAAAUAAGAAGAAAAUAAUUCUUACAGUAAAACAAUUCCGAUAGAAUAAAACAUUAAUAUUAACAUGGCUGAUCCAAAAUACGAGAAUCUCCCCGGCAUAGCCUAUGACCAACCCGACGUGUACGAGACGGGUGAUUUGCCGGAAGCGGACCAGCCGGAGCCCUUUGAGGAAGAGGAGAAUGACAGCAUCGAGCAACUGCAUCUGUCUGUGAAAGACUCUUUCAAUAAGUUUAAGGGAAAGUUCUUGACGGGAUCUGUGGACUUUUCCGACAGGCUGAGCAGGAAGUCUAGGAUCGGUUACAGGGCUGGUGAAUGGGAAUUGGCAGCUGAAGGUGACCCUGAAACUCCCCUGGAACGCUACAACCGCCUCAGAUGUGAAUUCUCAGAGCUCCUUGAACAAGUCGCUGAGCAGCAGAACAAGGCUACUGAGAGUGAAAAGGAUGAAUACAUAAAAUUGGCUUCUCAAAUCAAUGCCACUAAGAAACUUUUGGAAGAACUAAAAUUAGAAGAAGGAGAACUGGUUGAUCCAAAAGCAGAGAAACUAAAAGAAUACUUGUUAACCAACGGCAGGAAGAAGCAAGAAGGUGUGGUAACAGCGCAUCUGAAGUUGAAGCCUGAAGUGAGUCUUGCACAGACCACAAGGAUAGCUCAGCUUGAACACAGGUUGCAUAAACUGGAACAGGCUGCAGGUGUGAGAGAUGAAGAGGCAUUCCGAAGGCUCCAAGCUGCUACAGGACAGGCAACGCUGUGUGGCGCGGCAGCAACGUUAUGUGCGCAGACGGCUCUGGUACGUGGCGGUGAGCUCGGCGCUACUGAAGCUCGGGUGACGGCGCUGCUGGCCAACGUCGACGCGCUCAAGGCCGCCGUCAAACCUAACGAUCCUGAAGUUGACGCUAAGGUGAAUGAACUACACAAACUGUUGAAGCAAAUAGAUGGCAUAUCACAUUCCGAGAUUCUGGAGCGCAUGGAGGCGUUAGAAGCACUUCACAAUCAAGCGAGUAAUUUCGGUAAAUCGCUGACGGAGCUCGAGACGCUACAGAGUACCAUCGCCAGCGGUGUGCAAAACAACAAGGAGCUGCUGCAGGGCGUGCAAGAGGUGUUCGCUCUCAACGUCGACAGCUUACAGAAGGAAAUCAAGAAACUGGACGAGAGGAUCGGGAAAAUCGCCGCAGCGUGAUAAAUACGGCUUAACACUUAUUACAUGAUGCAUGUCGAGUCGACAGUAUCGAUCAAUUUAUCGAUAGAUUUGUUUUGCUAAUCGAUUUGACAUUGAUAGAUUUUUAUUGUACCGUAAAGUACAUUUUAAAUUCUUUUAUUUGGUCUUUAUUUGCGACUAAUUUUCUGAUUAGCUAAGCUUCAAGUUAUUUGGUACUUAUUGUAAACUAUCAGUGUUCUUGUGAAACGCGUAAAUCGAUACCUCGCAGCAGUCACACCGAUUAAGUUUUGUCGACUCGGCACAUCGAUAUUUUUGAACAAAAUGCAACACGGUCGCAUCACUUAUUAUCUCGCGAUUCCACAUCAUGUUCUACUUUUGUGGCGUGUACUAUAUUUUAACGUUAAUAGCGAUUUGUUUUUAUAUCGCGUAUAUAAUCGAAUGUUUGUGGAAGUCUGAAUGAUAUGUAUUAACAGUAAAAACGAUCAACGUCACUUCUAUCGAAACUCAUAUAUAGAUAUAGUUACUUGAACUUCAAAAAUAAGAAAUGCAUUAAUACUAAACAGCAACCUGUAUCAUUAAUAUUAUAAUAGUUUUAACCUCAUUCGCACUAUGUUUCAUAAUCAUAUAUCAGGCGAUGGAUUCAGGAUUUUAUUCUUAAAAUCAUAUCUGCAAUAUUCCAUACUGCACAUAGGUUUUGAUGUCAUCUCACGAAAUAAGUUAUAGAAUAUAUUGUACAUACUAAAAUAUGAAUCAUUUAUCCAACACUGAAGCAAAGGGAAACAAAAUAUAAGGGUCAUUUUUAAAUAACUCAAUCUAAUUUCAAAUAAUCGUUAUACCGCCAUUUUCAAUAUACGAUCCUAAUCGCUUUCAAUCUAUCUCAGAAAUGGACCAAUAAGAUCAAAGCUUUUUUUGACAUGCUUACUUUUUUUUUGAGUUAUUUUGAUUGGUUCAUUCUCGGAUUCGGAUUGAUGAAAGAGAUUAAAAUCGUUUGUUGAAAACAGCCGUUAGUAAUAAAAAAGAAGUUACCCAACUGUUCUGCAAUGUAAAUAAGGGCCAAUAACAAAAUUCACAAAGAACUAAAACGGUGUAGUUUACAAUUUACAACUCGUUAAUUUAGCGUUUAAAUUCAGUUAGCAUACAUAUAAAUCAUUUUUUAAUUAUAAUGCAAGCCUUGUUUAAGGCAAAUCAAGGCCAGUGGUAAACUGGGUUCAAAUUUGCUAAAUUUAAAAGGAAAUAGGCCCUAAUUGAAAUAUAAGAAAUUAAGCUGAUUAGAGCUAUAAUAUAUUGUUCUUGAAUAUGGUAAAAUGAUCCGUAACAUUGAUAAUUUUAAUUAUAUUUACAAAAGUUUUCGUGAUUUUAUUGUUAAAAUACCGAGUAAAUUGUUUCAUACCAUUUCAAUAAGGAAAUAAGUAUCGUGAAAUUAAAUAAUGUAUUAAAUACAGAACGGUUCAUAUUUAUUACCAAUGCUUUUUAUUAAUCAUUCUCAUUAUAAUAAGUUACGGAUAUAUCUUAUUCUCUGUUAAUAGACUGCUUAAGAGAAGAUAAUUUAUUUAAAUAAAUCAUGUGUAGCUAAAA